AAAUUGAACCCCAGAACUAUGAAAAGCAUCCGGAAAUUUUAUCACGCGUUGGCGCCAACAACGUCCUCGGAGACCUUCAACUACUACAUCUCCAUUCUUCGGCGCUGCGCCAUUGAUGGUGAUCUCUGUGAAGUUAGAGGAGCUCAUCUUGAUAUGAAGCUCUCUGGGUUCCCUUAUCUCAGCCUUGGGAACAAGCUCGUUGAUGCUUACCUGAAGUGCGGGGCAGUUGAUGAUGCUCGCAAGGUAUUUGAUGAAAUGCCUCAUCCGCAUGUUGUGUCUUGGAAUGCCAUGAUAUCUUAUUAUAUUCGUUCUAGGAGAAGUCAAGAAGCUGUGAAUUUGUAUCAUAAGAUGGUUUUCCACGGUGUUGUGGCUGAUGAGUAUACGUUUUCGUGUGUUUUGAAAGCAUUUGCUGAUCUUGGUUAUGUUGAAGAAGGCCGGAGAGUGCAUGGGCGGCUUGUGAUGAAUGGUUUGGGAUCAGGCAAUAUGUUUGUUGGAAGUGCAUUGGUUGAUAUGUAUGUGAAGUUCGGUAAGUUGAAUGAAGCUCGAGUGGUUUUUGAUCAGUCUGAUGAGAAAGAUGUGGUCUUGGUGACUGCUUUAAUUGUUGGUUAUGUGCAAAAUGGUGAAGAUUGUCGGGCAGUGCAGCUCUUCUGUGAUAUGGUGAAUGGAGGUGUUCACGCAAAUGAGUUCACUUUCGCGAGUGUUUUGAUUGCUUGUGGUAAUUUGACAGAGUUGCGAAGCGGCAUGACCAUCCAUGGUCUCAUUUUUAAAACUGGAUUUGAAUGUCGGAAUGCCUCACAAACAUCACUGCUCAGUAUGUAUUCCAAGUGUGGUUUGGUUGAUGAGUCUCUGACAGUCUUUUCGGGGAUUUCCAAUCGAAAUACUGUAACUUGGACUGCGAUGAUUAGUUGUCUGGUUUACCACCAUAGAGAAGAAUUAGCAUUAUCUGUGUUUUGUGACAUGCUGCGUGAUUCUGUCAUGUUGAAUGCAUUCACCCUAUCAACAGCUCUCCGAGGUUGUUCUACGCUUGCACUGUUUGAACAAGGGAAAUCGAUCCAUGGCUAUGCAAUAAAAAUUGGUCUGGAUCGGGAUAGUUAUGUUAGCGUUGGUCUUAUUGACACAUAUGCGAAAUGUGGACGUGCUGGAAUGGCUAGAAUGGUUUUCGAUGAUUUACCAGCGAUUGAUCUGGUUUCAAUUAACAGCAUGAUCUAUGGUUAUGCACAAAAUAGUGAAGGAUCAAAAGCUGUUGAAUUAUUCAAUAUGAUGAUACAAUCAGGUUUAGAACCAAAUCAUGUGACAUUUACUGGUGUCCUCUCUGCUUGCAGUAAUGCAGGGCUGCUUGAAGAAGGCCGGCGGUUUUUCUCUUCCAUCACUAAUGAUCAUGGCUUAGUACCGUCUAUUGAUCAUUAUGCCUGCAUGGUUGAUUUACUAGGACGUGCUGGAAAACUUGGAGAGGCCGAAGAAUUGAUAACCAAAAUUAAGAGCCCUGAUAAAGUUUUAUGGAGGACAUUGCUUAGUUCAUGCAAAAUGCAUGGUGAAAUAGAAAUGGCAAAGCUGGCUGCAGCGAGAGUAUUAGAACUCGAUCCUGGAGAUGAGGGAACUUAUGUUCUAUUGUCCAACAUCUAUGCAUCGUUGGGCAAAUGGAAUGAAGUCAUUAACAUCAAAUGUGCAAUGAGAGAGAUGAAAUUGAAGAAAGAUCCAGCAAUGAGCUGGACUGAAGUUAAUAGAGAAACUCAUACAUUCAUGGCCGGAGAUAGGUCUCACCCAAAGGCGGAAGAGAUCUAUGAGGAAUUGGAAAGGUUGAUUGAGAGGACAAAGGAGUUGGGUUAUGUUCCGAACACAAGGUUUGUGUUGCAAGAAAUGGAUGAAUUGCAAAAGGAGAAGUCUUUAUAUUAUCACAGUGAGAAGUUGGCAAUAGCCUUUGGCGUGUUGAGCAGCUCCAACAAGAGUAAUACUACUAUCAGUAUUUUCAAGAACCUCAGAGUUUGCGGUGAUUGCCAUACUUGGAUAAAAUUAGUUUCUCAGGUGAUCAAGAAAGAGAUAAUAGCAAGAGAUGCCAAGAGAUUUCAUCAUUUCAAGGAUGGGUUGUGUUCCUGUCAAGAUUAUUGGUGAGAACAUGAUACAGAUAUUAAAGGAAUUGAUCAAAUGAUACCAUUGAGCCUCGAGUACAGCACAAUGUGAUCACAAUGAACUUCUACAGAUGUUUGCAGGGGUGAUAAUUUCAUACUCUGUAUAUGUUUGAUCAGUUUAAAACCCGGGGAAGCGGCAUUUGAUUGUACCAUGUGCUUUAAUCUAUUAAUGGAGCUUAUGCAAUCUCAAUCGAGGAAAGCAAGAAAUAUUGGUGAUGAACUUGAGUUUCUUCAUCAACACCGGAAAGAAAUAGACAUUUUAAUUUAUUGAUAUUUGACUAUUACG